CCAGAAGGACUCCUCCUUUUAGUCGGUCCACUGUUCAAAAAAAAAAAAGAGAGUGAAAGGAGGACUGAUCUUCCACAGAGGACCGCAUUUAUCAGCCGGUCAUACAGGAGGACCGAUUUCUUGCUCAGGGGCCGCUAUCUCCCGUUGGUCCGUCUUUUUUAUCAAGAGAAGGUUUCCAACUGUUACCAUGGGCAAAAAUCGGUCCAAGAGGAACAAAAUUGCUGCUAAGGCGCGAACCAACUUGGAAGGGAAAGAGAAGCUUUCAUCUGAGGACCUCAGACACCAAAUAACUCUCUCCCAAUCCAGGCGUGAAACACAAGACAAAUCUUGUGAACGCAGUUUCCACUCUAAAGCCCCUAAGAGUUCUCAUCCAAAGGAUUCCCAUGCAGCAACAGAAAAAUUCGACGCCAACUCCCCCAUAGUCCGAAAGUUAAUCGGAUGGCUCAACAAGGAAGGAGAGGCCCGGUCCCAAGGGACCGGGAGAGAAACAGGUCAAGGAGAGGAUGAGGAGGUGGAAAGUCAAGGGCGCAUAUCAGUACAUAAGAGGAUGCGCAAAAAUGCGUCCCAAAGGUUGGGACCCAGAACUGAGGAAUCUGGAGAAAAUUCUGGGGGGCACGGCAAUGAAGAUGCCGGAGACAUCCUCAAAUUGAGAAAAGAAAUGGAGGAACUAAAGAGGCAGGUUGACAAGGACGGGUCUUUCGGACCCACAGUAGAGAUAAUUUCUCCCUUUACUGCCAGAGUGAUGAAAGCUCAACUGCCCAGGGUGAGAAUCAUGACGGACCAGCCUUUGGGAGCAGUUUUGAGGGACCUGUCUUCUUCAGGAAGGGUCAUUAAGUGGGCCAUGGUCCUCUCUCAAUAUGAUAUUUCUUACCAGCCCCGUUUUAGCAAGAAAGGCCAGGUCAUUGCAGAUUUUAUGGUGGAGUGCACAGCAAGAGGGAAGCCAGAAGAGGAUGGGACCGGUCAGGAGAGAAAAAGGGAAUUAUGGGAGGUUCAUUCAGAUGGAUCCUGCACUAAAGACGGUUCAGGAGGAGGAGCGGUCCUCACCUCCCCUGAAGGCUUCAAGGCUUAUCAUUCCUUUAAGUUCACAUUUCGGGCCACCAACAACGAAGCAGAAUAUGAGGCCCUCAUUGGAGGAAUCCAGAUUGCCCUAUUCAUGAAGAUAAAACACAUUCACCUUAAAUCCAAUUCAAAAUUGGCCAUCGGGCAGCUAAAAGGAGAAAUGGAGGCCAAGGAAGGAAGGUUGAAGAAGUACAGGGACUGCGCCAGGACUUUACUUGGACAAUUUGAGUCUGAUGAGCUCAUAUAUGUUCCAAGAGAAGAGAAUGAAGAGGCGGAUAUGCUUGCUAAAUUAUGUAGGACCAUUCCCAUCCACAUGGAGGGUAUGGUAAGGCAGCACGAGAGGAUCUGUCCUGUUUGGGAAGAGGCGGUCCCUGUCCUUGAGAUAUCCGGUCUAGGUACAACUUGGAUGAGCCCCCUGAUCACAUACCUUGAAAAGGGAGAGCUCCCUAUUGACCCCAAGGAGGCCCGCAGAGUUCAAUUAAUGGCUCCCAAAUAUCAAUUGGAUGGGGAAAAAUUGUAUAAAAGGAUCUUGGGGGGGCCGAUGCUCAAGUGCUUGAGUGAGAGAGAAGCGAGAAGAAUAUUGGAAGAAGUACACCAAGGAGUCUGUUCUGCCCAUCAAGGUGCCCUUACUCUAGCGAGAAAGGUGAUACUCCAGGGGUUCUAUUGGCCCACUUUGAAGAAGGAUGCACUGGAGUUGGUGAGGAAAUGCCCAACUUGCCAAGCAUUUGCACCAAUCCCUGGACGCCCAUCCACCUUUUACACCCCUGUCACUACAGCCAUCCCUUUUGCUAGAUGAGGGUUGGACUUGGUGGGUCCU